AUGAUACAAACUAAAUGCAAAAUUUGUGAAGUUCCUGCUAAAUAUUCACAUUUUGGGGUUAUUUCAUGUGAUCCAUGUAAAGUAUUUUUCAAACGAAAUGCUAAACAUGGACAGGAAACAUUGAAAUGUCGGUAUGAUGGUCAUUGUGAAAUAAAUAUAAAUAAUCGCCAUGUUACUACUUUGAAUCUUUUACAAAGAGAUCAAUCAACAUUAAGUAUGGAUCAAUGGACUUUGCUCUCAAGUUUGUCACAUUGUUAUGAUGAAUAUAGUGGAUUGUCAAUAGGUGAAAGUUUCAUGCGUGGACAAACUAGUUUACCUGUUAAAAUUCGUUUUAAAAGUGCACCAGUGCUCGAAUUUAUCAAAGUGUUAUUAGAUGGAACUCAAUUAUUAUACAAAAAUAAUCGAGAUUUUUUUUCUUUAUCUAGAGAUGAUCGUUCUAUUUUACUUCAUACUACAAUUAAACAUAUUGGAAGUCUUUCUUCAAAUUUCAUUUACUACAAAAUUCACUUAUUCAGUUAUCCGGCUUAUUAUGAUACUGUUGGAAUGAUUACUAACCCAACUACAAUAACUGCUACUAAGCGUGUAGCACAUCGACUUGAUUUUGAUGUGAUCGUUUUGAAACUGCUUCUUGCUAUUCUUUGUUUCUCAACAUUUAAAUAUACAGUUUAUUCAAAUACUCCUCCUGUAAAUUUAUCAAAUAUCAAACAAAUUUUACAUAUUCAAAGUACAUAUACUGAACUCAUCUGGAGAUAUUUAGUCUAUAAAUUUAAUUUUGAAGGAGCUGUUAAAUGUUUUUCUGAUCUUAUAAGAUGUUUAUUCGCUGUUCAUGAUACUAUUGUUAACAUAGAAGAAAUUGAAUGGUUCACAGAUAAAGUCGAUUCGAUUGUCCAAAAGACUGAACAAACUCUUACUCUCAACGAUUAA